AUGGCCAGCAAAACCACCAUGAGGACCCAGACCACCAGCACCCGCCGAGGCUUCAGCUCCGAUUCAGCCAGAGUCUCCAGGCCCAGCCACUCUGGCUUCAGCAGCGUCUCCGUGUCCCGCUCCAGGGCCAGUGGAGGGCUCGGGGGAGCUUGCGCAGGAGCUGGCUUUGGCAGCCGCAGCCUCUAUGGCGUGGGGGGCUCCCAGAGGAUCUCCGUGGCAGGUGGCCGCUAUGGCACCGGCAGCAGCUACUCAGGCCGAUUUGGAGGUGGCUUUGGCUUCGGAGGGGCCUCUGGCAGUGGAUUUGGUUUCGGCAGUGGCGUCGGAGGUGGCUUUGGACUCGGUGGUGGCUUUGGGGCCUCAGGCCCUGUGUGUCCCCCUGGAGGCAUCCAAGAGGUCACCGUCAACCAGAGUCUGCUGACACCCCUCAACCUGCAAAUCGACCCCACCAUCCAGCGUGUGAGGACAGAGGAGCGCGAGCAGAUCAAGACCCUCAACAACAAGUUCGCCUCCUUCAUCGACAAGGUGCGCUUCCUGGAGCAACAGAACAAGGUCCUGGACACCAAGUGGACGCUGCUGCAGGAGCAGGGCACCAAGACCGUGAGACAGAGCCUGGAGCCCCUGUUUGAGCAGUACAUCAACAACCUGCGCAGGCAGCUGGACAGCAUCCUGGGCGAGAGAGGCCGCCUGGACUCAGAGCUCAGGAGCAUGCAGGACCUGGUGGAGGACUUCAAGAACAAAUAUGAAGAUGAGAUCAACAAGCGCACAGCAGCCGAGAAUGAGUUUGUGACUCUCAAGAAGGAUGUGGACGCUGCCUACAUGAACAAGGUGGAGCUGCAGGCCAAGGUGGACGGGCUCACCGACGAGAUCAACUUCCUGAGAGCCUUCUAUGAUGCGGAGCUGUCCCAGAUGCAGACCCAAAUUUCUGACACGUCCGUGGUGCUGUCCAUGGACAACAACCGGCACCUGGACCUGGACAGCAUCAUCGCCGAGGUCCGUGCCCAGUACGAGGACAUCGCCCAGAGGAGCCGUGCCGAGGCUGAGGCCUGGUACCAGACCAAGUACGAGGAGCUGCAGGUCACAGCUGGCAGACACGGGGACGACCUGCGCAACACCAAGCAGGAGAUUGCUGAGAUCAACCGCAUGAUCCAGAGGCUGAGGUCUGAGAUCGACCACGUCAAGAAGCAGUGCGCCAACCUGCAGGCCGCCAUCGCCGACGCCGAGCAGCGGGGCGAGCUGGCCCUCAAGGAUGCCAGAAGCAAGCUGGAAGGGCUGGAGGACGCCCUGCAGAAGGCCAAGCAGGACAUGGCACGCCUGCUCAAGGAGUACCAGGAGCUCAUGAAUGUCAAGCUGGCCCUGGAUGUGGAGAUCGCCACCUACAGGAAGCUGCUGGAGGGCGAGGAGUGCAGGCUGAGUGGUGAAGGCGUUGGACAAGUCAACAUCUCCGUGGUGCAGUCCACCAUGUCCAGCGGCUACGGCAGUGGCAGUGGCAGUGGCUAUGGCAGCGGCAGUGGCUUGGCACUAGGAGGCGGCAGCAGCUACUCCUACAGCAGUGGCCAUGACCUGGGAGGAGGCUUCAGCUCUGGCAGUACCCGUGGUCUUGGAGGUGGCCUCAGCUCUGCUGGGGGCAGCACUUCCUCUGUCAAGUACACCACCACCACCUCCAGCAGGAGGAGCUACAGGCAAUGA